AUGGAUCAGCAAGCUAGUAACGCCGCUGUCUCUUCCGAACGAACUGUUUCGGUGAAGCUCACGUCCCGGAACUAUUUGUUCUGGCGGACUCAAUUGGUGCCUUUUCUCAGUGGUCAAGGUUUGUUUGGCUUCGUUGAUGGCACGUAUCCCUGUCCUUCUGUCGCUCCCGCUGUCGCUGUUUCUCCUGGUGCUACCGUGGUCGAAUCUGUUGUGCCCGAUCCAUCAGUUGCUCGUGCGGCAUGGUUGCAGCAAGACCAAGCAGUCCUUUCAAAGCUAAUCUCUUCUCUCUCUAAGGAGGUUAUGCAUCAUGCGGUAGGUCGGACGACGUCUCGGCAGGUUUGGACGGCGAUUGAGCGUGCUCUUGGUUCGACCACUCGUGCCCGUAUUCUUCGUUUGCUUGGACAAUUGCAGAAUCUUCGGCAAGGGACUGAGUCCGUGGCCGACUACCUUGGUCGUGCGCAGGUCAUAGUCGAGGACUUAGCCUUGGGCGGUCGCCAUGUUUCGUUGGAUGACAAGAAUUUGUAUGUUUUCCGUGGAUUGCGCUCGGAGUAUCGGCCUCUUGCAGCGACUCUGACGACGGGUGAGCCGGUCUCUCUUACUGAACUCGCGGAUUUUUUGGUCGCGCACGAGUUUAUAUGUGCGGAUGAUGGUGCUGUCGGAGGGCCUUCUGGUCCGGCAGCGAUGGCUGUACAGCGUGGCGGCAGGUCUGGUGGCCGAAAUGGUCGGGGUGGCCGUGGCCGUGGGCAGCGUGGCCGCGGUCGUGGUUAG